UCGUUCCGAUCAAACAAUAAAAAGGGAAUUUUUGAUUAAGCCAAAAAAGUGGAAGCAGAAGUGCUGCGAGAAAGCAAAAUCAAUGGAACCGGAAAACAACGCUGGCUACAUCCCCCCUGCGACCAACUGGACUGUCGCCGGCGGCUCCCUCGAGAGCUCCGUCGUCGUCGAGACCUCAGCUUCUCCGAUCGACGAGGCCGCCGUCGGCUCCUCUCGUCCCCUUUUCCUGCACUCUGCCGCAUCGGAUCCCUGCCCCUGCGAGAUCACGAUUAGUUUUCCACAAAAACAUGAGAUCCGGCAGAUUUAUGUUCGCAGCUCUGCUCGAGUCUUUGAGAUAUAUUAUGCAGCUGAUCCACAAAGCAGCAAUGAGUAUCUCUGUACCGUCCGCUGCAGCAUUGCUGCUAAAAAUGAAGAAUUGCUUCACACUGUUAAUGGGGAAGAAGUAGUUUCUGAACAACUGAGGGAGCUAAAUAAGCAAUUAAAUGAUGAGAAAAUCAAGACUGAUAAUGACAGCAGCAACAAUGAGGAUGAGUGGGUUCAAGUGAAAGUCCCUGAUUCUCUGCCACUUGAUGAUGGAAACAGUUCUCUGCCAACAAAAAUUGAUACCAACCAGGAGAGAAACACACAGGUUCUUUUCGAGGCUACAGCAGAGAUUAGUGAUGCAAACCCAUGCAUAUCCCUUACACUUCGGUUGCUUUCACUGCAGAAUAAAGGAUGUGUAUAUGUUGAUGAAAUUUAUGUAUUUGCUGAUACUGUCGAAUCAUCUAAUUUGGGAAGCCAGGGGGGUCCCAUGGAAAACUCUACUGGAAAUUCUCUUAUUGCUAUGCUUGUCCCCACCCUUUUGCAAAUAUCUAAAACAAGUGGAAACCGAAUACAAGAGAAACAGGUUUCUGAUAAAGGGGAGGAGCAGAAGUUUCAGGAGUUUGGCUUGGAAGCAACCGAUUCAACAAAUGCUGUAAAGGAAAUUCAGCUGGAAGGAAGUGCCAGAAUAACUGUUCAGCAGGAAAUUAAGUUGCCAGAAGUGGGUGGGGUUUCCUUUGAAGAAUCUCAGUUGCAGACCCCUUCUCAAGUUUCUGACGAGGAGAAAAAGCGCGAAGUUUUUGCUGUAGAAAAUAAUUUGCCAUACAUUCAUCUUGAAAGAACUCUUGACCAACUUGUUUCUCGGGUGGGCAAGAUCGAAGAUAUUUGUCUGAGGUUUGAAGAAAGCAUGCUGAGGCCCAUAAGCAGCAUUGAAGCAAGGCUCCAGCGUGUGGAGCAACAACUGGAGGUACUCAGUAAGAAAUCCCAGCAUACUGAAUCGCCCUCUUGUUCAAGAUUUUCUGCUCCUGAAUUCACGUGCACUGAAUCGGAUUCCAAUUCCUUUUACAAUGGUGGAGGGGUUCAUCCGAGUUGUGGGGCCUUGGAAUCAGAUAAGCCAGAUAAUUCUCCUGAAAAAUUAUGUGACCCACCUGAUGAUAUGUCUGUUUUGGUCAAGAGUAAAACUGAUAAUUUAGCCGUCUUACUUGAUGAUACGCCUGCUUUACUGAGUGCAAUUCAAUCACUCCCAACUCUUGUAGUUACUGCCCCAGAGUUUUCAAAUGCUGAUGAUGAGAUAGACAAUGAUGCAUUGGAACUAGUGACAGAUUCUAUGAGAACCAACACAAAAAAGACUUUGUCAAUUGACGAUGCUUUAGCAAAUGCACUUGCUGGAUUUUUAACUUCGACUUCAUUGCAGCCUUUGAAUUAUACUCCAAUUUUAACAGUAAAUGCUCCAGAGUUUUCAAGUGGAGAUUAUGGUAAUGACAACAUAAUAGCUUCGCCUUUGAAUUAUACUCCAAUUUUAACAGUAAAUGCUCCAGAGUUUUCAAGUGGAGAUUAUGGUAAUGACAACAUAAUAGCUUCGCCAAAAAUUGAGUGUGAUGUACCCCCUGAGCCUGCCAUUCGUUUUGGUGAAAUGGAUGGAACAGAGUGCACAGAAGAUUCAGUUUCGACCUCCUGUGGCAUUUCUUUAGAGUCUCGAGAAAAAUUUAAAACAUUUUUGAAGGAAAAUGACAUAAAGGAAAUUGGUGAAGUAGUUGACAGUCGAGGCUGCCAAUGCUUUGAUGGGGUAGUUAAUUGUCGAGACAUAGAAACUGUCAAUGAACAUGCUCAAGCUGAGCACGUUGUGGCAAAAACCAAUAAUAAUCAAAUGACAAAGGAAAUCAACGCAGGAGAAGCUAGCAAUGGAACAGGCAAUUUCUUGGAUUUUGAUCUAAUAUAUAUUCCGGUCCAUUUUCAUGGAGAUCAGACAGAUGAUAGCUCCCAUGAUACCCGGAUUGGCACAGGUGCUGAUUUAACUACAGAAACAAGUGCAGGAGAAGCCAGUAAAGGAGCAAGCAACUUUUUGGAUUCUGAUAACAUGUACAUUCCACUCCAUUUUCUUGGAGAUCGAACGGAUGACAGCCCUCAUGAUGUGCAGGAAGGAACUGAUGCAAGCUCUGAUUCAACAGCUGCAGCAAAUGAAGUCACAGAAGAAGAGUCUAACAAAGACACAUUGCAGGAAGUUCUCAAUCUUUCAAAUUCUUUGUCCACUCUGGAUUUUGAAAUCCCAAUCCUGGAUGUGAAUUUUACUUCACAGGAAAAUUCCCAUUUGAAGUUUUCACUAGAAGCCCUCUUAACUGACAGGCACGAAUCCAAUGCUGAAGCUUCUUGUGCAGAAGAAAGUGAUACUGGUCUUACAAUUGGUGAACAGUGUAAGUUAAUUGUGGUGGAGGAUGUGGAAGAUCCUGCAACUGCCAAUGAUCCUUUUGCGCAUUUGGGUUACUAUGAUGCGACAAAUGUGCUUUUACACAUGGAAGGUGAUAAUCAGCAGGAUAAUGAUCCGAGCAGCAAUCCAGAAAUGUCCUCAGCAACUCUUAUAUGAUAGCAUCUGUUCAUCACUUGAAUGUUCAUUUGUUUAUCAAAUUAAAUUAGAAAAAAAAAAAUGGAUAUUUGUGGCAAUUGUUUUUUAGAAGAUCCUGAAUCUGUCCAAAUUAGUCUUGUAUCUUUCCUAAAAUCGUUUCAAACUUAGUCUUACUUUGUCUCCUAUGUUUUUUGGUACGACAAAAUGCGAUUUGAGUCUAGGUGUUGCAGUGUCAUCAAAACCAGGAUUUUGAGUUUGACACUGUAAUUUUUGUAAAAAUUGGUUGUAAACUUUGUAUAUAUAUAUAUAGAAGUUCGUAUGCAUCA